CACACCCUUAAGAGCGUCGAAAUAAAUGCUUUUUAGCCCGAGGCUGCCCUGAGCGACUUGGUCACACCUGCAUGAGGUCACAAGCAAUCACUAGCGCCGAGGGGCCGGCCCGGGGCGAGGCGAGUUCGGAGUGAAAGAAGCGGGGCGGGGCCGAGGUCGAGAGGGUGGGCAGUGUUCUGCAGGUUUCUAUCCCCGAGGGUUUUAGUACUGCCAUCCCCUCGGCCGAAAUGACUGCAGCCCCUUGUCUCUGCUGCUCGGAAUUUCUCCAGAGACAAGCCCUUGCCUAUCUCUUUGCAAACCCACACUAUGGCAGCAUCAUUAAUGCAGACGGCCAUGCAGAAGUGUGGACAGAUUGGAAUAGUGUGUCCAAGUUUUUCCAGUAUGGAUGGAGAUGUACCACUAAUGAGAAUGCCUAUUCAAACCGGACCCUGAUGGGCAACUGGAACCAGGAAAGAUUUGACCUAAGGAAUAUCGUGCAGCCCAAACCUUUGCCUUCCCAGUUUGGACACUACUUUGAAACAACAUAUGAUACAAGCUAUAACAACAAAAUGCCACUUUCAACACAUAGAUUCAAGCGAGAGCCUCACUCGUUCCCAGGACACCAGCCUGAGCUGGACCCCCCUAGAUACAAAUGCACAGGAAAAUCCACCUGUAUGACUAGUUACUCAAACCCUCAAAUUGGGCAUCACUCUGCGCGUGUGUGGAAUCCUAGUAACUGCCCGUUUCAGGGACCGUGAUUCUAAGAAGGAGUAAGAAGCUUCGUUUUUCCAGAAUAGAUUGUAGGAGGGAGCACAUUCUAAGCACAACUCAGAUUCUAGCUGAUGCUAGCACAGUUUCCCAAUCUCAAUAAAGAAAGCACAGAAAAUACUCCCUACCCUCCUUUUUGUUUCUUCUAAUCAGGAUUUAAAUGUCAAGUUUAAGUACAUUACAUCUGCUCUUAGUUCUACAUCACAAGCUUGUAGAGAGGAUUCAAAAGAAUUCUCCAAAUCUGCAGCCACUUAGCUCUGCUCGGCCUUCCAUUCACGGCAGACCUGAAAAUCCAGCAUAACAUAGUUUAUGUCUAUGAGCCUGGCAAUCACAGCCAGUGUAACUUUAUUGUGAACAUCCCCUCUUAAGGACUAGAAAAAGAAAAGUAACUUUUUAAAAAUUAUUAUAGUGAAUUUAAAACAUACAAAAUUAGACAGAAUAGUAUGAUGAACUUUCCAUAUACCAUCACCCAGCUUCACAAUUUCUGACCGAUCUUAACUAUUCCUAUCUACUUUUUCUAUUUUUUUUUUUUAAUUUAGUUUUGGACCAGAUCUCAGAAAUUAUACCAUGUUGUCUAUCAAGAUUUCAGUAUAUAUUUCAAAAAGAUAAGGACUGUUGAUUUUCUUAUUCCCUCCCAGAGACCAUCACAGAAACUUCCUCAUCAGACAAAGCUGACAGGUGUGGAAAGCAGUGGUUCCCAACCGGGAGCGACUCUGUCCUUCAGGAGGCAGGUGGCAAUGUCCAGGGACAUUUUGAUUUUACAAAGCUGAGAUUACAUACAUUUCCCUUUCUGUCAGCUUCUGUGGAGGAUUAAAGAUGGUCACAAAUUCUUUGGCACUACUCUUACCAAAAUGUGGACAUCUGUGCCACUUCCUUUUAAAUAUAAACAGACUCUGCAAUUGCUUUCACCCAAAAACAAAACAAAACAAAACAAAAAACAUGGCAAAGGUAACACCAUGCAGGUCUCUAGGCCCAGGCCUUAAGAAACUGGCAGCUCGCACUUCCUGUCUUGUGGAAUACUCCUUCCAGGAGCCCUGAAGUCCAGCCACGCGAUGGAAACACCCUACAGAGAGGCCCUCAGACUACAGAGAGAAGGGCGCAGCGGAGUCCCGCCUUCCAACCAUCUUUACCAAAGCAUCAGGAAAGAGGGGUCAGCCAUCUAAAAGCCUGAAUACCACCAGCUGACCCCAGUCAAGGUCAUGAGGAGCUCAAGAAUUGCCCAGGGGAGCCCUCUGCUAUAAAUAGUAAGGUCUAAUAAAAUUAUUGUUAAGCUACUAAAUUUUGGGAUAGUUUGAUAUGCAGGAAUAGAUCACCAGAACAAUAUUCUAUAAAUUAAGAUUGUAAUCUCUAAACUUGCAGAACUUUCUUAUUGCUUCUAAUAGUUUGUCUAUUCAUUCUGUUGGGGUUGUUUUGGCAGAUGGUUAUAUCAUUUGCAAAUAUUGGCCAGUAUGUCCAUUCUCCUGAAUGUUAUUUUUUUUCAUUUAAAUAUUUUCAUAUUUAUCUUGUCCAUAUUGUUAUUUACCUUUUCUGCUUAAAAAAAAUAACUACCAUCUCUAUGUGUGAAUAACAAAGAGAUUGUAGCACGUAUGAACUUA